GUACAUUGUGCUAAGAUUAAACCAGUUGAGAUAUUACAGAUUUGUAAGAGAAUGCAAUAAUUGCUGUGAUGAUCCACAUGAAAGAUCAUAAUGAACUCUACACAGGUUUUGUAUUUCACACUCCAGGCCUACUUCAACACUGGGCUUUUCAAACACUUUGAAUUUAUAAUUGUUAUGUCUCUUUACAUUUUUAUUGUUUGUGCCAAUGUGUUGCUGAUUGUGGUUAUCUGUCUGAACAGGAGCUUACAUGAACCCAUGUACAUUUUUCUGUGCAGCCUGUUUGUAAAUGAGCUGUAUGGUAGUGCAGGGCUGUUUCCAUCCCUUCUGGUUCAGAUCCUCUCUGACAUUCACACUGUUUCUGCUCCUUUUUGUUUCCUGCAGACUUACUGUCUGUACUCCUAUGGAGGUGUGGAAAUUUUAAGCUUAGCCGUCAUGUCUUAUGACAGAUAUCUUGCUAUCUGUUGUCCUCUACAAUAUAACAAACGUAUGGCGCGUAACAAGAUUGCCUACCUUAUUGCAGCAUCAUGGCUGUACCCUGUCCUUAUAUGUCUUGUCAUGGUAUGUUUUACUUCCUCUUUGCAGCUGUGUGGGAACAUAAUUUACAAAGUUUACUGUAUCAACUACUCUGUUGUGAAGCUGGCAUGCUCAGAGGCCCACAUAGUAAGUAUGUAUGGGCUCAUUACCACACUUGGCACAACCUUGGUUGCUUUACUAUUAAUCCUUUACACCUACAUGAAGAUUCUUAAAGUUUGUUUUUCUGGUUCUAAACAGACGAGACAGAAAGCUGUCAGUACCUGCACACCUCAACUUGCUUCCAUCAUUAACUUCUGUUUUGGUGCUUUGUUCGAAACUUUACAGAACAGAUUCGAUAUGAGCAGUGUACCCAAUAUGUUGCGCAUUUUAUUAUCCUUAUACUUUCUCACUUGCCAGCCACUCUUUAAUCCUGUAAUGUACGGUCUGAAUCUGUCAAAAAUCCGUGUCAUAUGUAAAAGUCUGAUUUCCAGGCAGCGCUGUUAA